UGGCAAGACCAUAGAAUAUCAGUUUCAGGUAUUUCUUCCAAACCCUAAUUUACUCUUUGUAUUCAAGAAUAGGCCCUUUUAUCUUUCUUUUCCAAUUUCCAAUUAUGGUGAGAGAAGAAAGUAUUGAAUCAUUUUACACCCGGUUGCGGGAUUCAGCUCUAGCUUCAGCUUCAACUUCACCGCUGCUAGUUUUCCCGUCAACUUCUGACGUUGAUUCACUCUGUGCCCUCAAGAUAAUGGGACAUGUACUUGAAUCUGAUUCUGUUAGAUAUGCGUGUUACCCCGUUUCAAGUUUUAAAGAGAUUUAUAAGUACACUGGGGAUAAUCUAGGGCCAGCUGCAGAUGAGCCAAUUACGAUUUUGCUUAUUAAUUGGGGAUGCCAAAGGGAUCUUAAGAAGGUUCUAGAAAUUGGUCCCUUAGCACGCGUUUUUGUAGUGGAUAGUCAUAGACCUGUACACUUGCAUAAUUUAAGUGACCAGAACGAUCGGGUCAUCGUGCUGUACACUAGGGACGAUGAGCAGCAGGCUGACUUAGCGUAUGAAUUUGAUGUUUCUGCUUUGGCAAAUGCUAGUGAUUUGAACAUCGACGACGAUGAUUUUGAAGACGAGGAGUCUGAUAGUGAAAGUGAAAAUGACGACAUUGAGAGGGAGGAGGAGGAAGAUAGAGAUGGAAUGAGGAAGAAGAGGAGGAGGGCUUCGAGUGACCCUGUUAAGCUUUUUGGGAAAUUGAAGAGGGAGUACUAUUAUAUGGGUACCUUCCAUGGGAAGCCAUCUGGUUGCUUGAUGUAUGAACUGUCUCAUUUUUUGAGAAAGAAUACUAAUGCAUUGCUUUGGUUGGCCUGUGUAGCUUUAACUGAUCAGUUUGUUCACGAGAGAUUAACUGAUGAGCGGUAUCAAGCUGGGGUAAUGGAGCUAGAACAACAUAUCAAUAGCUCAGGCAAUUUAGACUCUACUACCUCAGUUACUCUCAAGGAUGGAACGAAGGUCACAGCACCAAAUUCUUCAAGGAUUGCAUAUGAGUAUGAACCAAGGCUGAUGUUGUUACAAGAGUGGAACUUGUUCGAUUCAAUGCUGUGUUCAUCCUACAUUGCAACUAAAAUGAAGACAUGGAGUGACAAUGGGAUUAUGAAGAUGCAGUUUCUUUUAGGUCGAAUGGGUUUCGCACGCGAGGAAUGCAAACAAAAGUUUCAGUACAUGAGCAUUGAGAUCAAGAGGCAAAUGAAGGACAAGUUUGAACGAUUUUUGCCGGAAUUUGGCCUCACUGAUUUCUAUUAUAGAGGUUUUUUGCUUCUUCAUGGGUAUAGUUCAAGAGUUUCAGCAGCAGAUGUUGUGUAUGGGGUUACUGCACUUCUGGAGUCAUUCGAAGAGUCAGAUGGCUCAUGUGCUUCCAGUCAGUUUGGGGAGGCUUACGACGCGCUAUCCUUGACUAAGCUUGACAAGUUGGAAACCGGAAUGCGACAAGCGAUCAAGAUCCAAAGGUCCAUUCUCAGACAAGGGAGUGCAGCAAUAACCAAGAAAGGAUCUAUAAGAAGUGGGAGUAAAUUUAGGUGGGUGAAGCUGAAGCUCCUGUGUCAUCCUCAGGCUUUAACUAAAUUUGGUUACUUUCUGAUGGAUGCUUUACGCGAGAAAGGUGCAAGGAUGAAACCAUUGAUCUGUGUUUGCUACACCCAGGAACGAAGCAAAGUGUUGAUUGUAGCAAUAUGUGGGAAGCCACGGCUUGGUGCUGUCCAAGGAAAUGCAUUUGGGGUUGCGUUCAGAAGUUCGGCUGAAGAGACAGGAGCAGAGUUCUUUCAUGAACUAUUUGAAUCAUCAUGGAUAGUUUUGGAUGCAGUUGCUGUCAAUUUGUUCAUGAUCAGGCUAACACAGAAACUUUUGUAAUGAGGUUUGUUUAUUCGAACAACCUUUCUUUUUACCAUUUAACUCUACUUCUGUUUCACAUGUUUAAUUGUCAAGCUCCCUUGUAUUGUACGUACUCAUCUAAAAUAAUUGAUUAGCUAUGGACUGCUUGUCUUCAUUGUUUGUUACUAUA